CACACAGACUCAUUCAGUUUGUGCUGAGAAGAGGACGCGCCCAUUCCCUGCAGAAAGGGGAGCACCACAUGUGUCAUCGGCUACGAGCCGGCUUUAUCCGUCGUACGUGUCCGUUUCACGGCUCACUGCGAGUGACAAGUCCGGCGUGGGCUCCCAUGAGGCGCGGUGUGCGGCCAGAGGCGAUGUGCCCGCUGUGGCUGUGACGAUCGCUGCGGACUCCCCCCUCCCCCCGGUGUGUGCGGUGCCGGCUCACGGCUGGACUGUAAGCUGCUGUACAAUCCGCUCAGCUGCUGCCGCCGCUGCUACAGGGAGAGGAGACAGUGUGACUGCUGCUGUCACACACACCGGCGAGAGACGGGCGCACCGAGUGACACCGGCUCAUCAGCAGCGGCUGGCAGGCAGAGAGAGGGGACAUACACCGGCACACGGCAGCAGCAGCAGGCACCGGGGCACUGGAAGAUUACACCCUGAUCCGAGGAUAGGACACAGGGACAAGGCAAUGGGGAAGCAGAACAGCAAGCUCCGUCCAGAGAUGCUGCAAGAUCUACGCGAGAAUACAGAGUUCUCAGAUCAUGAGCUGCAGGAGUGGUAUAAAGGCUUCCUGAAGGACUGUCCUUCUGGCAUUCUUAAUGUGGAGGAGUUCAAGAAGAUCUAUGCUAACUUCUUUCCGUAUGGAGAUGCCUCUAAGUUUGCUGAGCAUGUUUUCCGUACAUUUGACACAAAUGGUGAUGGGACUAUAGAUUUCCGGGAGUUUAUCAUUGCUCUGAGUGUCACAUCAAGGGGGAAGCUAGAGCAGAAACUGAAGUGGGCGUUCAGCAUGUACGACCUAGACGGGAAUGGUUACAUCAGCCGCGAGGAGAUGCUGGAGAUAGUACAGGCAAUUUAUAAGAUGGUUUCCUCUGUAAUGAAGAUGCCAGAGGACGAGUCCACGCCAGAGAAACGCACAGAGAAAAUAUUCAAACAGAUGGACACAAAUAAUGACGGUAAGCUAUCCUUGGAGGAGUUUAUUAAAGGUGCCAAGAGUGACCCAUCUAUCGUACGGUUACUGCAGUGUGAUCCCAGCACGGCCUCACAGUUCUGAGCCUUGUUGCAGCCUGGGAAACCUCCAUUUCUUCCAGUGGCAAUGCCUCGUCUCUGCACAGCGGCAUGUCCCAGAAUCCUUUUGGGCAUUAGAUGGACAUGAUUGCACUGCCAACCAAUCAAUCCACUUCCUACCCCCUAUUUAUUUAUUACUCUAAAUCUUGUAUUAUGUUUAUUAUAUGGAAUAACCAUGGGUUGCAUGGAGAAAAUGGGCACAAGGGAAGGGUGGGUUGGGCAUUAUGAAGUGUGUAAUAUGACCAGAGACACACUGCACGAUAUGUUUUGUUGCAGAGUAAAAUAUCUGGUCAUCAGCUGUUUUGCUUUGAUACAGACUGCUUGACCGUUAAAGAAGAUGGACUAUUCUGAGGGAGCAGCAGUGGGUUUGGUUGCACUAAUGCAGGGAGUAACUAUGCACGUUACAUUUAAUAUAUUUAUUAGGGGUUGGGUGGGUAGAUUAUAGAUUAUUAUAUUGUCUAGAUUUGCACUUCCCACACUGGUGUUUGUCCUUCUGUGGUUAAGAAAUUUGUACAUCCACUGAUUCCUGCGUUUAAGAGCAAAACAACACAUGUGAAUUACUCCUUUCUGUUUAUAAGUUGACCAUAAAGCAAGGUAUAUAACUACUACAGCUAUAUCUUAGUGAUAUGGCCCAUCCACACAGGACACUGCAGCCAUACCUAUACUUACUGUUUAAACUGCAGUAAAGCGAAUAGUUGAAUUUAUUAUUAUAUACUAUUAUCUUGCUCAUGUGACUGUCUGACCAGAACAAACUGGAUACUGUGAACGUAGCCUGGUCAUGUGUUUUUUGUCAAUCGCCCAUUCUCUCAGUAGGUGUCUGUCCGGCACAGCAGAUUUCAGCAGUAUUGUUGGAAACUAUAGUCAAUACCGUCAGUCUGUCAAUGCUAUAUAUUUGCAGUGAACAAAGCUUGCUUUUUAUUGAAGCUGUCUCCAUUAAGAGACUGCAGUUGAGACUGCAAUGAAUCAUACCUUUUACCACUGUAAAAUACCCAGUAAAGGGGCAACGCCGUCCAUUUUUCUGUAAGAAAUUAAGGUUUAUGUCCAUGUCCUGAAUACUGUGUAGGUCUACUCAGUGCAUAUAGCUCAAGUUCCUGGCAGCACCCAUGUAAAAGUAAAAAAACGAUAAACACACAUUGAAUCUGCAGACAUGAUACUGGUGCCAAACACAGCUUGUACCAUAUAGCAUCUUCAGUGUAAACAAAUCUUACCCACUUCCUGAACGCACACAUCCAACAUGCCAUUGUAUACACGGCACCAUUUAAAUAUAGGGUCCUGCUGCACAGUUAUUCUUCUGGAAGAUCUUCAGUGCUGGAUAUUUAAACAGUAGCAUGCUGUGCACCGUUCCUGCCGACAGUGGCAUGUGUCCAUAUACAGUCCAUGUGUCAAAGCCACUCACUUUGGCUGCCAUUUCCAUUUAGGUCUUCUUGUUCUGCAUUCAAACAUUCUUCUUCUCGAGGAAAUUGUAUUCUGACCUACAACAGAACGCAGAGAACAGACUGCUUUGGUCCAAGUUGACAAUUAAUCAUCCAAUCACUUUUAUCUACAUGGGCUUACAUAAUGUGUAGGGUAAUAGCUGAGGGCACAAGUCUCUCUUCUGUCGUAAAAAUUUGGUUGAUCAUUAAGGUUACAGAAUCUUGAUUAAUGAGACAUUCUGACUGACUUACAACAUUUAUCCAUUGUUUGUCAUUGGAAAUUGUAUUUAUUUUUUGAGAAUUAAUGACUUGGCGGAGUGACUAAAACAGACUACUGUAUUAAUAUAGUCCAUCUGUGUUACCAUAAAUUAUGAUUAACUAAAAGGAUCCCCUACUCAAGUUUCUUGUUUAAAGGAACAUUAUAAUGAAAGUUACUUAUUUUGUGUAUGAUACAAGGCUAAAAUUGAGUUGAAGAUGGGUAGUCCCAAGUUUUAAUUAUUUAUUGUCAAUGAUAAUCAUUUUACAAUUAAUUGGCCACGAUUAGACAGUGCAGCACAGCCUGCUAAAGAUGUUAUGGUGUCACACAGCUGUUUAGCACACCAAGAUAUUUACCAAGUCAUAUGGCUCUGUAUUUAAACAGGUCUUUGCGCAGAAUGAUGGGCUUUGCACAUGCAUGACAGUAAUUAUAAUUGUGCCCUGGUAAAGCACUAAAAUAAAGAGAUUUUAGGCUCAGUACAUAUACCCCUUAAUGAGCUAUGAGUGGAGAUAAACAGUUCCUACUACUGUGAAGACUUUUGCUCAUCCUAGAUGGACACAGUUAAGUAUAAGCAAUGUAUUUAAAUUAAGAAAAUCCAUAACAAUAAGACAUUAACUAAAAUAUAGCAUGAUGCAUCAAUGCAGUCCUGGAUCCAACUGUAGCCAAAUAAGCGUCAAACAAGCAACAUAUAGGAUGAUAAUAUUUAAUAGGUGGUGAAGGCAUCCUAAAAUUUUCCAUAUUCUAAUAUUUAGAUCUACACAUAUGAACAAAAGCAAAGCCCUGAAGAUACUGUAGUCAUGUUUAAUUUGUACUGACAUAAAAAACCCUUGCUCCGUCAUAUAAACAGUUAUGUGCUUUACAAAACAUGUAUAGGCCAAUACAGGAAAAUAAAAUAAAUACUUAUAAAACGGGUAUAUGCAGUAUAAAAAAUCUAACUGUUGCCAAAAUGCUAAAUGAUCAAGGGCCUAAUUCAGACCUGUUCGCAGCAGCAAAUUUGUUAGCUAAUGGGCAAAACCAUGUGCACUGCACUGCAGGUGGGGAAGGUGUGACAUGUCUAGACAGAAUUGUGUUCAAUCUGACAUCUAAAUUACAGUGUAAAAAUAAAGCAGCCAGAAUUUACCCUGCACAGAAACAAUAUAACCCAACCAAAUAUAACUCUCUCUGCACAUGUUAUAUCUGCCCCCCACCCUGCAGUGCACAUAGUUUUGCCCAUUAGCUAACAAAUUUGCUGCUGCGAUCAGGUCUGAAUUAGGCUCCAAGUCUUCUGUGCUUAUCCUCACUUCUGAAUAAAGUUGUCUUUUUCAUGGGAGUGCAUAAAAGCAAGAACAAUUCAUCCAUUCCACAUAACAAAUCAUUUCUACAUAUGUACACUCACUUUCCUUCUCCUCUUGUGGCACAGGCGGACAUUCAUCAGCUGGAUUACAGUAAAAUAGCAGCGUGCGCUGAAUACAACCUCUGCAGCAUCCAGUAAUACUGAAAUCACCCAGAGACAUAGUGUGGUGCUCUGUAAAAUAAGUAGUCAUUAUGUAGGCCAUAGUCUGCUACAAUCUAUGUUACACACGGGUUGGGUACUGGAUCCCGGCGGUCAAAAUACCAACGCCGGAAUCCCGAACGUCAGAAUGCUGGCAGGGGAGUGAGCGGAACGAAGACCCUUGCGGGCUUGCCACGCUGCAGGCUCAGUGGCUCGCUUCGCUUGCCACAGGUUCUAUUCCCACUCCAUGGGUGUAGUGGACACCCAGGAGCGGGAAUACCUGUGGUGGCGCUGCCGCCAUUCUGUUGGUCAGGAUUCCGGCGUCGGUAUUUGGACCGUCGGGAUUCCAACUACAUCCCUUUCACACAACAGUUGUCAGAGUGCAGUCAUUCUCCAUUACUUACAUAGAUUCGUGUAGGAUCAAAAGGACACUCAUAGGAGAUCUGUAUAGUCUGCAGAUUGCUGAACGUACAUGAGGACAGUAAUGUGCGACCUCCAUUGGCCACAGUGAUUAUGACUGAUACAGCAAGGCCUACAGUGCAGGCAGCAGAGAGCACCACAUUAAUUAUACUUAGAAUCACUGCUGCCCAACGCUGCAAGACAAGACACAUGGUUAGUACAUAAACACAUGGAUACAGUCAUUCAUUAAAACAUGAAAAAGGCAGAAAAUCCCAUAAACCCCAUUAAUUUUCCCAUUGCCAACAUUUAAAUAGCACCCAUACGUUAUAUGCUCUCUCACCAAAGAAAUGUGUGCAAGGUAGCGUGAGAGGACAAUGGCCACUAUUCCACAGGAUAUGCUCUGAGAGAGAAAAAGAGAUAAAGUUUGUCAUACAUCAUUCCUAUACAAUUAUCAAUAUUACAUACACAACACAAAUUCAUAUAGAUCAGGGCUGAUCAAAUGGAGGCUAUUGUGCCAGAUGUAAUAAAAUACAUUCUCUGUUUUCAGAAUUGUAGAGGGCACACACCACACUAGGCAUGGCUUGGCAAUAGGCCUAAUUCAGGGCCCGACGCAUCAGACACAUUGGAUGCAAAGUACCGACAUACGAUACUAUGCGCAAAGGCCCGGCCUAUACUGCACAUAUGCAGUACGGGUCCUGUGUCGUUGGACACACUAUGGCUGCAGAUGUCGAGAUUGACAGUGCGCAGCCGUUGUGGGGUGGCGACUGCAGCCAUUUCUCAAAAAAUUGAGGCGUUUCACCUCCAUUUUGUGGGAGUGCUGAGGCCAGAGUGUUCGUCAUCCGACACCUACAACAGUCUCAGUUUAUGAUGGUCAUGGUAUGCAUGAAAGGGGUGACCUGAGCUAACAAGUACAUAAGUAAGAACACAGAUUCAUAUAGGGGUAUCUAAUUACCUGAGAAGAAACAUCGGUGAAACAUUUUCCCGAUGUUUCACAGAUAUUUUUUUACAGGCUAUUCAAUUGGUCCGCCUGUAAAAAAAUAAAUUUUCUCACGGAAACACACAGGCUGUUUCCGGGGAUUUGGUUUCGCCUAACUGAGGCAGGUGAAACAAAAUCCUCUAUAAGCCUCGGCUCGCGCCAGCUUAUCGGGGCUAAUAGGAUAGCCCCCAGCGAGACAAUUAGCCACGGUAAUUGACUGUGGCUAAUUGGAUACCCUCAAUAAUCUCCUCAGUUACAUGAAAGGAACAGGAUUUUGCUAGGUAAGUCAGACCUGGCUAGCCUGUGGCUCUCCAGCUCUAGUGAAACUACACAUCCCAGCAUGCCCUGCCACAGUUUAAGCAUUCCCUAAUAGCAAAAGUGGCAGGUGCAUGCUGAGACUUGUAGUUUCACAACCGCUAGAGAGCCACAGGUUGGCCAGGCUUGACAUAGGUCUAUUUGGACUUGUCUUUUCUUGAAAAGUUUCUAUACUCCAUUGGCUCCAUACAAUCUGUUUGGCUCCUAAAUUUAUCAUAAUAGUUAUACUAUGAGUUUUAGUGCUGUGUGUUUUUUUUCUGAUUGUGUAAAGUAAGCAGUGUAUUAUGAUCAUUUCUAUCUGAAAGAGGUGUGUGAAUUCAAGGAAAAGGUUAUAUAGUAGAUAAAAAAUAUUUUUUAUAUAAGGAAUAUUUAACUCAUGAGCCAUUUUACAUGUAGUGACUACAAUGUUAUAUAUAUACUGUCAGAAAGAACCUGGCCAUCAGUAUUGUUGAGUUUAAAAUGCUUUGCUUAAGGCCAGUAAGGGAGGUUUGACCUUUAAGGAUGCUUAUUAUAUCUGGCCAGGUGUAUAAACAUGAUCACGCACAGCUUUCUAUUAUUGAUCCAUCACUUCUUGUGGUUCUCAUAUGGACAACAAACCAGCCAUACUUAGCAGGGAACAUUACUCCCCACCAGAGCCGGCCCUAACUAAUAUGAUGCCCUUGGCAAGAUUUUGGCUGGUGCCCCCUAGCACCGCUGCUAGUUCUGCAGGAGAUGCCUGGCAUGAGUCAGCUGGCAGCUCUGCUAAUGUCGGGCGCCUUUUGUUUAUGAAAAUGCAUCUUAUUUGCAUUACUUUGUGGCUAGGAUGCACAAGCAGCUUCUGCUGAUUAAAAUGAUAUGCAGCAUGCCUAUAUUCUGUGUGCGACUGCGGCUGUAUCUGCAUACUAAAUGCUACAUUACAGUGAUUUCCAGGAAUACACUGUAACGUAUACAGAUACAGCCACAGUCAAACACAGAAUAUAGGCAUGCCGCAUAUCAUUUUAAUCAGCAGAAGCUGCUGGUGCCCCUAAGCAUACCAAUUGCCCUAGGCAUUUGCCUAGUUUGCCUAUGCAUAAGGCCGGCUCUGCUCCCCACACAUAUGAAGAGCCUGUGUAUAAGUGCCCUGAAAAUGCACAAGGUUUUCCAGGCAGGCCAUUAAAGUUAGUAUUCAGGCCUGCACAGCUUCCCAGCACGCUCUUGCAUGUUCAGCUCUUUGUUAACUGGCCUCCAAUAGGCAGAAGUUUCCAACCAUACAAAUGUGUCCGCCUACACCUAGCCUCAAUACGCCAUGUGGAGCAAGACACCUGGUGCGAGUGAGUCGUGCCAAGCGGUGUGGCAUCUUUUUCACAUCUUUCGCAGUAUGAUGCAACAAAACUGCUUCAAGAGACUACACUGAUUAAUUUGAUAUGCAGCAUUUGUUUAUCUGUAUGUGACAUAAGGUGGGUACACACUUAUACAAUCGUUGGCCCGUUUUCCUGAUACCGCUCUGCCGAUGCAGGUGCGUCAGCUGAUAAAAGGCUUGCAAUGCUCAUGCAACCGCCAGGAACAUGUGCUGUUUAAUAUUUGUCAGGCCAAAAUCCCAAUCCCAUAGAGCCCGUACACUGAGCUAUUUCUAGGACAGUGUGUAUGGGGCUCCCAGGAGGCUGACAGGGGGGUCACACUGUUCUACUGAACACAUUCACCAGAUCAACAGAGUGAUUGUGAAAGUGUGUACACUGAAUCUGUAUACGAAGCACCAUGGAAACUGGUGUGAAAAGAAGCCACCUUAUCACAGAGCUUUCUAUACGGACUCUGACUCAGGGGGACAUUUACUAAGCAGUGAUAAUAGUGGAGAAGUGAGUCAGUGGAGAAGUUGCCCCAUCAACCAAUCAGCAGUUCUGUAUCAUUUUAUAGUAUGCAAAUUAUAGACGUUACUUCAGUGCUGAUUGGUUGCCAUGGGCAACUUCUCCACUGGCUCACUUCUCCGCUCUUAUCACUGCUUAGUACAUACCCCCCUCAGCCUUGUGAAGUGGUGUUGUCACAUCACACUGCAAUUAAGGCUCACAUUCUGGCACCUUCUACUCUUCUAUGACCUAGAACACUGAACUACUGAAGAUAAUUUGCCAUUUGGCGUUAAGGUAUGUAAUAUGAUAAUAAUUAUUGUUCCAGGUGGUGACAGAGAAUUCUUAUCAUCAAGGAAAACAUCUGUCACAAACUACUCAUUCUGGUAUUGCCUACAACCUGAUUUAUUUCCUACUAUGUACACUCCUGCUACUCAUGGCUAGUAUUUAUAUUAUUAAACAGGUAUUUAUGUGAGCUCAUUUCAUUCUGUUUUGUAUAUAUGUUUAUAUAAAAGGCUUUUAACUUUUCUUGCUUCUGGUUUAUAUACGUAUCCAUCAAUGUAUUCUGAUGUCACGCUGACACCUGCCCAUCAGGAUGGGAAUUCUUUCAUUUGCACAUAUGACAAACAAUAGCUCUGUUGGUUGUAGGUCUGUUAAUAAUGAUGUCUGUAUUACACUGGGUAAUGCACUUAUUUGUGGAAAAAAUGUUGGUUUAAUAAAUAUUUUAAUUCAUAAAACAAGAA